CAAGCAAGUUUUCUGGGGCGGAAUGUUUGCCUGACUGCCCCCAGGUCUGCCCCUUCCUCCCCCAGUCUCACCAGAAGACCCAGCACAGUGACAACACACACACACACACACACACACUCAUACACAUAGUAUACAUCCGUCAUGGCUCUCCACCGUCUCCUCACGCAGCUCCUGCUGCUCAGCGUGCUCCUGUCCGUGUGCAGCCCCUCAGACAGUUCCAGAGAGAGCCCAUUGAAAAGGCUUCUGAAAAGGCGAGAUGUUGCAGAGCAGCCAAAGUUCCCAUCCGUAGCAGUGGCUCCAGCCAAGGCGAAAGAGUUCCUGGCAUCACUUCGGAGGACCAAGAGGAACAUCUGGGACCGCAGCAGGCCAGACGUGCAGCAGUGGAUCAUGCAGUUUAUGUACAUGGGCUACGAUGAAGCAAGGCUUGAGACGGACCUCUCUUACUGGAUGGACCAUUCCAGAUCCACAGACCGCACCCAGCAGCACCAUUAUGAUGAGAACUCCCCAACGGGACACCAUGACCCCAGCUCAUACAGACACGGCGCCGAUGUCAAUUAUGACUAUUAUUAAUCCACCUGAGGUUCCAGCCCAAGGGGAGUCCUCAGCGGUACCUCUCACUGGUACCCCCAUGGUGACACAGUCAAAGCUGCUGUUGCCCAAGUAAAUCUAUCCAGCCUGUUGCUCCUGCGCUGUACUCAUGGCACAAAUUACAUAAUCCAAUCCAACAGAUUCCAGUCUGGCUUGGGGCUUAGAGCUUCUUCUUCAACUGUACUGUAUGACCAAAUGCAUGCUGGCGAGCAUACAGUAUAUUCCACACAC